GCUCUUCUGGAGGCAGGAAGACAAGUCAGGAAAGAAUAGGUGGAAGUGGGGCUGCCAUUUCACCAAACAAUUUGGAAAGAAUUGAGCUUCAAACCUCACAAGCCCUGCCAUUGUUGCCAAGAUUGUGAACUAAGCACAAUGCCCUGUUUUUUUCCCUUCAGAAAUUAUCAAAAGUAGGCCUUGAAUGUGAAGAGUGAUGGAAUGAAGGAGCCCCUCAGCAGAGACCAACUGGAUGGGAAAAGGGAGAUCACAUAGGUACAUGAUGAGAUUUCUGGUGAAGUGUAGCAGAGAAGGCAAUUGACAGUUAUCUGAUGGGGCCCCUGCUGCCGUUCUCCUUUAGUGUGGUGGAAGCACAUUCUCUCUUUUGAUGACAGUUAGAGGAUGAUGGGGUCGAGUACACUGGGGAAGGCUGCAACGCUGGAUGAACUAUUAAGCACCUGCAUUCAAAUGUUUGAUCACAAAGAGGAACUGAAUAAUAAUUUGCCAAGAACCUUCCUGUUAAUGCAUCGAUGGUAUCUACCAUCCACAGAACUGGCUGGCAAACUUCUCUCCCUAUAUAGAGAUGCCAGUAGAGAAAACACUGAUGAAAUCCGCUUAGAAAUCUGUUACUUUAUGAGAUAUUGGAUUUUGGAAUUUCCUGCAGAAUUUAAUCUGGACCUUGGCUUGGUUCGUCUGACUGAGGAGUUUCAAGAAUUAGCCUGCCAUCUGGGUUAUGAAGAACACAGUCAUCUUAUCGACAUCUCUAGCAUUCCUUCUUAUGACUGGAUGAGAAGAGUCACACAAAGGAAAAAAACUUCCAAGAAGGGAAAAGCUUGCCUCCUGUUUGAUCAUCUGGAACCCAUCGAGCUUGCUGAGCACCUCACUUUUUUGGAGCAUAAAUCUUUUAGAAGGAUAUCUUUUACAGAUUAUCAGAGCUAUGUGAUCCAUGGUUACCUGGAGAACAACCCAACUCUGGAAAGAUCCAUUGCUUUGUUUAAUGGCAUCUCUAAGUGGGUCCAGUUGAUGGUCCUUAGCAAACCCACCCCACAGCAAAGGGCAGAAGUAAUCACCAAGUUCAUCAAUGUUGCACAGAAACUUCUGCAUCUUCAAAAUUUCAAUACACUAAUGGCAGUUGUAGGAGGACUAAGCCACAGCUCUAUUUCCCGUCUCAAAGAAACUCAUUCCCACCUUUCCUCAGAAGUUACAAAGAAUUGGAAUGAAAUGACUGAACUGGUCUCCUCCAAUGGAAACUACUGCAGCUAUCGCAAAGCUUUUGCUGAUUGUGUUGGCUUCAAAAUCCCAAUCUUGGGAGUCCACUUGAAGGACUUGAUUGCAGUUCAUGUCGUCUUUCCAGACUGGACUGAUGAGAAUAAAGUCAACAUUGUGAAAAUGCAGCAGCUUUCAGUUACACUGAGUGAGCUGGUUUCUCUGCAGACAGCAUCUCAUCAUCUUGAACCAAACAUGGAUUUAAUUAACCUGCUAACACUUUCCCUCGACCUCUACCAUACAGAAGAUGACAUUUACAAGCUCUCUCUGGUGCUGGAACCAAGGACUUCUAAAUCACAGCCUACCUCUCCGACCACCCCGAAUAAGGCAGUGGUUCCACUCGAGUGGGCAUCUGGGGUAAUACCAAAGCCAGAUCCAAAUAUCAUUAACAAGCACAUCAGAAAAUUAGUUGAUUCUGUUUUUAGAAACUAUGACCAUGACCAUGAUGGUUACAUUUCUCAAGAAGACUUUGAAAGCAUAGCAGCCAAUUUUCCUUUUCUGGACUCAUUCUGCGUAUUAGAUAAAGAUCAGGAUGGUCUUAUCAGCAAAGAAGAAAUGAUGGCUUAUUUUCUGAGGGCCAAAUCUCAACUACAAUGUAAAAUGGGACCAGGUUUCAUUCAUAACUUUCAGGAAAUGACCUAUCUCAAGCCAACUUUCUGUGAGCAUUGUGCUGGAUUUCUAUGGGGCAUAAUCAAGCAAGGCUACAAAUGUAAAGACUGUGGUGCCAAUUGCCAUAAACAAUGCAGAGAUCUGCUUGUUCUGGCCUGCAGGAAGUUUGUCAGAGGGACAUCACUGAGAAGCAACCAUGGUUCUCUACCUAAUAGUCCAUCAUUGCCAGCAGUGCAAGAAGUCUUCAGUUUUCCUAACGUUGCUCCACAAAAUCAGUAUCUAGACAGCAGAGCAAUCACACUGGUUACUGGCUCUUCUCGCAAGAUUUCUGUACGCCUGCAGCGGGGGACCACCAGUCAAGCAACCCAGACAGAGCCUCUGUGGCAUGAACCAGGCUGGGGUGAUUCAGGAUCACAUACCUUCCCCAAGAUGAAGUCCAGGCUGCAUGGAAAAUCUGGAAAGAAUAAAGGGUUUGCUAAAUGGGAGAAUGAAAAGCCCAAUGUUGAGCCCAAUAUAGACACAGAAGUCGCCUCUACUGCACAUGUAUUGAAACAGAAUGGAACAGAUGCCUUUCUAAAAAGACAGGAUAUGGAGGAUAGCUGAUCUGCUUCUGCAAAAGAUGGAAGACUAUUCAAGAAGGCACCACAGCUUAGACUUGCUGGAAUUCAGCAGAUUUUUCUUCUAUUGCCUGUGCCAGAACUUUUAAUAACUAAUUAAUGCUAUAUUUAUUUUCUCAUACAGUUGAAAUAAUUUGGUAAGUCCUGCACAGAUAAAAAACAAAGAGUGUUAUAACU